AUGUUAUCUUCCACCAAUCACGAACCUGUUAUUGAUCGAGCUGCGUUCGAAGCCUAUACGCAACUCCGAACGAUUGCCAAGAAAUACAAUGUCGAAGAUAAACUCGAAGUACCACAACUGGUCCUUGUUGGCGAAACAUCGACCGGCAAAUCGAUGCUCGUACAAAAUUUUCUUCGAUUUCCUUGUUCAUUCUCUCAGACUGGAAUUGCAACACGUUGUCCAGUGGCUUAUCGACUUGUCUACAAUCCAACUUUACUAAUCGGCGAGCUUCAUAUUAUUCGGCCAGCAGGUAUUACUCCUCCCCAAUUGGCAAAUUACUUACAACAGUUAAUGAGACGUAUUCAAGAAGAAUGUUGCGCAACGGGUGGCUUUCGACUAGAACCCGAAUGGAUCGAGAUUGAAAGUGCUGAAUAUACGGAUUUCGAAAUUCUUGAUCUUCCCGGUCUGAUUGGUGGUGAUAAAGUGGCUGAAAAUCGAAAAGCAGUAGAAAAAAUAGCCGAAUCGUUCGUACGUAAUCCUCGUUUCUCUAUUGUUCUAUUGAAAGAGACGACACAAAUCACUGAUAAUAGUCAUGGAGCACGUGUAAUUGAUGAACUCUGUAAAAAACAAUCAGGAUCUGAUACUUCUUUACCACCAAGAUCUGAUUACCAUCAAAAUAUGAUCACUAUUCAUACAAAAUUUGAUUCUUUCAUGUUGAACUUUACCAAUGGAACUGCAGCCAAUAACGAAAUGUCAAAGCAACUGCACGAUUUCGGUUCUUCUUUCUUCACUAAUAUGAUUUUUGAUGGAUAUUCAAUGGCAGAACGAUCAUUCGAUGAUAAUGUUGCCUAUCUUCGUGAUUUACCGCGUCGAGAACAACAAGAAGUAGACAAAUGGAUUGAGAAAAUGAAUCAAAAGAGUGGCCAAUUACCGGAUCAUUAUCAACGUUUCGAUGAGAAAUAUCGUAAACUUAUCGGUAUCGAUGUUGUACGAAAUCAAAUUCAAUCACUUUGGCUCAAGUCAUUUCGUUCUGCUCUCCCAAAAUUAAGAGCGAAAAUUCAAGAUGAACUUGAUAAAGCUCGACGUCAAUACGAUGAAGAUCAAGAACGGUACAAACUACUCGAUCCCCACGUUCUUCGAGACACCUAUAGAAACUAUAUUCAUGAUUUUCAUAAGAUUCUUUGUCAAUAUUCUAGUUACAAGUCGGAAAUCGAUUUUAUUUUUCCUCUCGAUCGAUGUGGUCAGACAUACGAGGAGAUCGAAACUGCCUAUAAUGAAUGGAAUCGCAAGAAGACAGUCACUUGGCGGGCAUAUUUAAGCGUAAACGAUUUGAAGCAACAAUUUCCCGAUGAGCAUGAAACGAUCAAUGUACGUUAUGUUGGCGGUCGUCAUUUUGUACGACUUCACAAUCUCUUUUCAUACAUGAUUCUACAUUGUAAACCACGAGAACCGACUCGAGAUUGGAUUGAAUCAGCUGCUUCGCUUUUAGCUGCAGGUACAACAGACUUUGAUGAUUUGGAAAAAGCAGUUCGAGAUAUUCUUCGCACUCUCUUACGUGAAACUUUUCUGAUGGGUAUUUGUUGGCUAACACAAAUGUAUUCCUAUCUAUUGGAUGUGUUUCGAAUCAAUGUUAAACGCUAUCUUCUUAGCAAUCAGAAAUAUCCAACGCUGCGCGAUCACAAUAUUUUUCUUAAUGCAGUCGAUCUCGAGUAUCACAUUAUGGUACGUACAAUGAUUCGCGAUGCCAUUCGUCUCAUUCGUGAUUAUCGCCAAUCGACUAGUGCCUAUGCACAUUAUGAUAUCAUGAAGCGUAUGUCAAAACUGAUGUUUUCGGUCCCACGAGAGAUCGAACAUGAAGCAUUCAAUCAACCAAUUGAUGGUAUUUUUAUAAGUUCAACAAACAAUACAUGCAGAACGGCUACCUUAGCUGAUAUUUUCAAAUCGAUUUCACCACAUAAACUUCUCGAGCAAAUUUAUGGUUCUGAAUCAUUUUUGACAAAUAAGCGAGAUCCAUACACAUGCAGUCAUCAUGAAAAUGCACGACGCACAAUUAAAGAACUCUAUACAGCAAGUUGUGGUCGCCUUUUAGAAGAAAUUCGAUCCAGUUUUAAUACAUAUGUCGUAAUGAGAAUUCAUAAUUUUGAUCGAUUCUGUAGAGAACGGCACUCAGAUAAUCCAAAUAGAAUUCCUCUUUCUACACGCAUUGAUCGUAUGACGGAGCGACAAAUUGCUGAGAUGUCAAACCUAUGUUUCGAUGAGAUCAACGAUGCGUUUCAUAAGUCAAUUGAAAAAAUUCAAGCUUUGAACGAAGCUCUAUUGUUUAUCAAUAACGCCAUUACUGAAAUGAAUAGUGGUAAGCGCGUUCAAAGCGAACAGCGUCGAUCACAUAUGGAAAACAUCAAUCUUAAAAGCACGAAACAUGCAGAAUACAUGCACAAGAAACAAGAAACUGUCGAGAAUCGUCAUCGACGGCAAUAUCUUUCUCAAAGCUCUUAUAAUCGUUCAACUGAUGAAUCUAAUGAGACCUUAAAUGAAAACACACACGAUGAAGAACAAAAAUUAAUGACUCAUCGUGAUCCAACAUCGGCCAGUGAAUUUCUACGUGAGAUCUAUGAUAAACAUGAUAAGGAGGAUUUGAAAUAUGGAUUUCUCGAGAAUGAUCCAGAGGAUCAAGACAAGAAUCAUUUGCAUGUGCAUGAUCGUUUGCGUGUCGAUCAGAAUGCAAUGAACUAUGAAAAGAUUUCGUCACCUUCUACUGGCAAAAUGAGUAGUUCUUACCAAACAAAUGCAAACAAUGAGUUUGUGGAUGCAGCGUCUGCUUAUGAUGAACAAAGUAGUUUAAAGGCUCCAUCGGUAUCUCCAAACUCAAUUAUUCUACCUCCUAUUCAGAAUAGCAUGUCGAUCGAUGUCAAAACAGAAUGUAUGAGAAAAGAACAUGGUACUCAACUAGGAAAACGAUAA